AUGGAGCUGGACUUGUCCAGGAACCUACUAGGAGAUUGUAUCAAUGUCUUGAGUCACCUCAGAAACCUCCAGAAACUUACCAAACUGAACCUUUAUGGAUGCGGGCUCUUGGAUAGGAUCUUUUGGUUUGAUUUAGAAGGAGAUUACGACCAGCUAGAUAACGAAAAUAAUGGCCCAUUCAAACACUUGGCUGAGCUUGAUUUGUCUCACAACGCGAUUGAUUCUUUAGAACCCCUGGAGUCUUUCUUCGAUCAACAUUGCCCCCGUCUGCCAAGGCUUGACUAUGAGGGAUUGCCUCGAGAAUUGGUCAAGGUCGUCAUCCAACAUGGACAGGGGGCGGGAGAGGUGGAAGUGAUGAUCGGUAAUAACUUCCUACGCGAUGAGGCUAGACGGCGUUGGAAAGUCAAGAUGAUGACCGCUCAAUCCAGUCCGAAACUUGUUGAGCCCGCUGACAGCGCUCCUGGUGCGGCGGUAGGGAUAGAGAAGCCUUUACCGGAAGAUGAAGAGUCGAAAUCGUCUCCGGAAGAAAUUAAAGACGCAAGAACGGGAAAAUCAUUGUCAUCAUCCUCAAAACAAAUUGACAUUGCGCCGAAACCGAUUGAAACGAUGUUGCUCAAACACCACAGCCCAAAGACGUCUUCACUCAACAUGAUUUUUGUCAGCGGUUGA